AUGAACACCCUCGAAUCGAGCCCUCUUAGUCCCCUGGUCCAAUUUGACGUGAGUUCCGCGCAGCCGCGGCGCUACCGCCGUUCCAAACUGAAACCGUCGCAUAUACUGAGGAAACUUUACUCGGCGGCAAUGAAUGUGACAAAGAAUCAACUGGGUCUUGCAAUCGAUAUGUCCUACAUCACGGACAAUAUUGUCGUAUCGUCGUACCCAGUGGUGACAUUUCCAAAGGUUAUGUACAGGAAUAAACUGUCGGAUCUGAUACAAUAUCUGGACUAUAGACACGGUGUAAGUAACUGGAAAAUAUACAACUUGAAAGUGGAGCUGGGUCCCGCGGAUUAUAAAGAUGAGGACCUUUGGAGCGAAGUGAACCAGCGACGAGCCCAUGUGGAAGAGUGGCAAAACAAGCUCGGGGUGGGGAAUCUCAGUAUGGACCAAAAUGAAGAAGUUGCUAGUGAGACAGAGAGGAAGAUACCAGUCAACCCAGGUAUUAUAAAGGAUAUUGUGGUCCGUACUGGGUGGUUAGACCACUGCCCGCCGCCGUUUGUGGUCUUGCAAGAUAUAAUAAGAGAUAUGCAUUCUUUUCUCGACGAGUCCCCCAGUAAUGUGGUUGUCGUUCAUUGCAAAAUGGGUAAGGGCAGGUCUGGGACUGUGGUUUCAGCAUAUCUCAUGAAAUACAAACUGUAUUCAUUUGAAAUGGCCAUGGAAAGCUUUGGAACGGGGAGAUUCAAACACGGUAUCUCCAAAGGGGUGACAAUUCAGUCACAACUGAGAUAUCUCAUGUACCAUGAAACGUUUUUGACGUUAAGCCAGGAGACCCAGGAGAGAUUCCUUUGCAGUAUGAGGUUACAGGAAACGUUUCGAAUAACCUCCAUCAAACUAAUAAAGCCGUUCCUUUUGUUGGGCAAGGGCAUAUUUUCGUAUUCGAUUAAAUUUCAGAAGUAUAACCCACGGAGAACGGGCUUGAUUGAUAUGGAGGAAAUUCGGAUAAAUCGAGACGAGUUCCCCACAGAGCCAGUGGAUUCCAAUAUUUUGAGCUUCCCUAUCACUGUAACCUCUCCAGAUAUAAGAAUACAGUUUCUGAUGCAUCCAAAGGCGAUAGGGAACACCUCGAUUGAAUUCCCCAAUCUCUUAGACCCAUGUCUUUGGUUGAACCUGCCUUGCGAAUCUCUAAAGCUAAGGGGCGAGUUCAAUGACCUCGCUGCUGAUGGUCCGGUAGUUAUCUCAGCAGCAUGGGAGCAAUUGGACGGUGCCAAUGGGACGGCAAAUAAAGGAAUGAAAUUGUUUGAAGCCAUCGCUCUAGAGGUUUCGAACGUGUAG